CCUCAGGAAAAGAGAAGGAGCUGCCUAGUGAGAUAAGUAUUUGUUUUCCACUUCCCAGUAAUUUGAUCUGCGUAGGAUCAUCACACCCCUGCAGUUUUCAGUGCGUGGACUUGAUUUUAUUUUCGCUGCUACCAGAAAUUAAUUCUCCUGACUUAAGACAUUUUUAUUCAAGUUGGGUCCUGAACAGCUUCUCUCUGAUUUUCUGGUGCAUGCAGCAGUCUGUGUGUGGACGGACACAGACGAGAGGAAGCCCUUUAAAAUGUGGCACAGACGAAAAGUGCUCCUUGCUGCAGUUGUUUUCACAGCCCUCUACUACAGAGUGGCAGCAGAGGACAUGAAACAACUGGACAUGGCCCCGGAGGCUGUGGACUACCUGUAUGAUAAAUGCAGUAAGGAGGCCAUGGAGAAAUUAAUCCAUUCAGGCCUGUUAAGACAAGAGCUGAACCUCACUGCAGGUUUCCAGAUAGCAUGGAGCGACAGCACCAAGUGUUCCAAGCUGAUCCCAGGAGGAGUCAAAGAACAUACUGCUGCACUACGGGCAUAUGUCAACGGUGAUACGGACUUUAAAGAAACCUUUAACAACCAAGUGGAGACCAUGGGCAGGAACGUUAGCACCUAUGAGAACAACUUCAAUUUCAAGUCGCUCCACUUCCUGCUCAUGGAUUACAUGGUGCGGCAGAAGCCACAGACUUGCAAGAGUGUGUAUGUUAUGCCAGAGAAAAAAGUCACGGCAAAACUUGGUUCAAAAGUGAGACUGGGGAGGUUCACCACGGCCGAGUUGAGCUUUACUAAACUAAAGAAAAUGCAGGAUUUGGAGGAUGAAGUGAUUUUGAACAUCACAUCUUGCUUCUUUGUCAAAUUGGGGGAAAACAUUUGCAGUAAGCUAAUAGACACUGUCUUGUUGAGUCCAGCUGAAGAGUUCAUAGUGGAGAGCGAAACUGUCAAAACUUAUGACCGUGAGACGUACACUGAGAUCUACCUGAACGCCACAGGUCAGCUGGGCUCGCACGACUGCGACAUCUUCUCACGGUCUCCAGCUGUCGUCUCCACCCAUGUGUGGCUUGUGUUGGUGCUUUUGUGUUUCUCUCUUUCCCUCUUUUGUUGAGUAAAAGAAAUCUCAGACCGGUCAUUAAACCGUAAAAUACUGCUUCGAAAUUUACAGUUGAACAAUGAACAACUGUUUUGCUGUAAUGCAAUGACGGUGUUGCAAGCUGCCAAAUUAUUGUCUUGCUGCUUUUUAAAUCACUUAUAAUCCACAUUUUAUUCAUUGUUUGUAUAAUAUGUCUUCACGUUGUCCAAAGCCCAAAUAUUCCAGAUACCUCUUACACUGGUGUACAUUGGUCCUGUCAUCAAUCUUUAUAUACAACAUAUGUUUCUGAACUAAAACCCUUGUUUGUUUAUGCAAAUCAAGCAAUGCUUACUUAGUAAUUUAGUAAUUCCAAGAUAGUCUAGUUUGUUUUUUAUCGUUUUGUUUGUAUUUUAUGCUUUUAUCAGUGACGCACGUUAAAAAGAUGAUCUCUUAACUCACCAGGAUGCUCCAACAGAGGCAGCCUCAGUUGAUACCAGCAGCUUUUAGACGUAUGAGUUGAAAUAAAAUGGUUGAACUCC